ACUGAGAGUGCGUGUCUGCGCUGCGCAGUGCGCUCUAGCUGGCUUUUGAGGAAGAGGCGCGCACCUUAUUUGCUCAGUCGAGUCCUGUCUUUUGUACAUGCAUGGUGAAGUCUUGCCAAGGCAUACCUGCGCUGCAGAAAACACGCCCAACUUCUGAAUAACGGCGACAAGAAAGGAUGACCCCCAGUCGUCCAGGCAAAUGCAAAAUCUGUGGAUAAUAGCCUAAUGUGGAAGAGCAUCAGACAAUACUAGUUAUUUUCGUUCAUGAGGUAGAGAAACAACUAACAGUGUUUCAUUGAAUAAUUAGGAUACUUAUUUAGGGUUAUGUCAAUGCAAUUUACUAUUAUUUGAACCAUUUGUUCUAGUAAGAAAAGGGGCAAUUCUAAAGGACAAUGUUACUCACUAAAACUUCAUCGUUGAAAUGGAUACGCGCGUUAUUUGCAAUAUGGCUGCAUCUAACUGUAUGGGAAACGACGGAGGCCAUCCAUCCAGACUGUGCCCUGGUCUCUCAUCACAUGAAGGCCCAGGAGAGCUGUAUCCACACACGCAGACAGGAGGCCCGGAACCGCUCUGCCAGGACAGGGUGUCGAACAGAGUGGGAUGAGAUCAGAUGCUGGUCAAGGGCUGAGGUGGGCCAGAUUGUCAACGUCUCCUGCUCAGACGUCUCCCAGCUCUUCGCCAAUAAAGGCUACAUCUUCAGGAACUGUACGAAGGACGGCUGGACAGAGCUGUACCCUACGUAUGAGAAGGCCUGUGAGUUCGCAGAUGAGUCAGAGACAGGAUCAGAGACAACAUACUUCUCCACCAUCAGUCAGGUGUACACCACUGGAUACGCCACCUCCCUCAUCUCCCUCAUAUCAGCCAUCUUUGUCUUCACUGUGUUCAGGAAGUUCCACUGUACCAGGAACUACAUCCACAUCAACCUGUUCUCCUCAUUCAUCCUGAGAGCCAGUGCCGUCUUCAUCAAGGACGGGGUACUGUUCGCUGACGAGAACCUGGACCACUGCUUCAUGUCCACCACGGCGUGUAAGUCAGCGGUGGCCUUCUUCCAGUUUAGUAUCCUGGCUAACUACUUUUGGUUGCUGGUGGAGGGCAUGUACCUCCAGACCCUCCUGGCCCUCACUUUCGUCUCACACAAGAAGUACUUCUGGUGGUACACACUCAUCGGCUGGGGUCUCCCAACUACAGUACUGUUGGUGUGGGUUCUGACACGCAACUUCUAUGAUAACCGAGGUUGCUGGGAUGACACUGAUGUGGUCUUCAUCUGGUGGAUCAUCAAAGGGCCAAUAACAGCAUCGCUACUGGUCAACUUCAUCAUCUUCAUCAAUGUGAUCCGUAUUCUGGUCCAGAAGCUCAAGUCUCCAGGCGUGGGGGGCCACGACACUGGCCACUUCAUGAGGCUGGCUAAGUCCACUCUGUUCCUGAUCCCUCUGUUUGGGAUGCACUACAUGGUGUUUGCCUUUCUACCAGAGAACACAGGAGAGGAGGCACGUAUCUUCAUAGAGCUGGGCCUGGGAUCCUUUCAGGGCUUUGUGGUGGCUCUGCUCUACUGUUUCCUAAAUGGAGAAGUGCAGGCAGAGCUGAAGAAGCGUCUGUGGAAGUGGCAUAUCCAGGGCUAUCUGAGUUACAGUAGGAGAAGACGUACCCUCUUCACAGAGAGCUCCACUGUCACACAGAUCUCUGUUCUGGAGAAGUCCUCUCCCAAGGAGCUGCCCUGCAUCAGCGACACACACGCACUCACACACACCGACACACACACACUCACACACACUGACACACACACACUCACACACAGCUCUGUCUCAACCUGUGACGACACAAACACCCUCACACACAACACCGACACACUCACACACAACUCAACUGUCUGAGA